CGUAUUCGGAUAUUAUCUUCAAUUAUCAGUAUUUCUCUCUUCUUCUUUUUUUAUAUAAUAUAUACUCCAUAGCAAUGAAAAAUCCAGGAGAAACAAGAGUUGAAUAGACACAAAAGAAGAAACAGCCAAACCAAAGAGGAAUUAGAGUUGAAGGAAGAGGGAUGACACACGCCAGUGAGAUUACAAUUCCAUUGCUUCUUCAAACUGAAAAAGAUGAGAUAGAAGAAGGGAGGAAAGUGGAUCAUAUAAUCGACCUAAAUGAUUUAGACAAUUUGUCUAUUAAAUCGUGGACGAUUUCCAAAGUAAAGGUGUGGCUACGUGAAUCAAAUCCAGAUGCUUAUACACCAAAGAUGGUCUCUAUUGGUCCUUACCAUAAGAAAAAUCCUCAACUUGAUUCAAUGGAAAAGUACAAAAAAUUGUACCUAAGACGAUUUCUUCAACGAAAAGAGGGGCUUAAUGUGGAAAGUUGCAUUAGUGAAAUGGUGAAACUGAAGAAGGAAGCACUAGAGUGUUACGACGAUAUGAAAGACAUAGAUACUAAAAUGUUGUUGCUUGAUGGUUGUUUUGUCGUUGAGUUUAUUCGAGAGCGUUCUCCAAAAGGAGAAGACAAAAUUAUCAAUAUUAAUGAUUAUUACAUAUGCCGAGACUUGUUGUUACUAGAAAACCAACUUCCUUUCUUUGUCCUAGACCAACUUUAUCUCAUGACAAAGCAAGAUGAUGAUGAACCAUUGGCAAUAUUGGCAAAUGAUACAUUUAAUUAUUUUGGUGGCUUGCCAAUAGUGAUCCCUGAAUCCUUUAGUGAGACAGAAUAUAAUGCAGGAACUAUCAAACAUUUACUUCAUCUACUACACAUAUUUUCAUGUCAUGGGAAUACCAUGAAAAAGUCAAACGAUUACAAAACAAUGGAAAUGGUCAUGCCAAAUGCAACAGAGCUUUCCGAAGCUGGAGUUAGCUUUGCAAAGGACAGUAAUAUGAAAAGUUUAUUCGAUAUAAAGUUCGAGAGGGGAUUGAUGACAAUCCCUUGUUUUCGAGUGGAAGAUGAUACGGAAACCAUCCUGCGAAAUCUCAUUGCUUAUGAGCAACAAUCAUCUGAUGUACAUCCUAUAUAUUUCAGUGAUUACGCAAGUUUCAUGGAUCAACUUAUAGACUCAGACAAAGAUGUGAAUUUGCUUCGCCAAAAAGGAAUCAUAGUGAACUAUUUAGGAGAGGACAAAGAAGUGGCUAGCCUCUUCAACAAAAUCGGAAAGGGGGUCACUACGUAUCGCGACUUCUAUUACAAAGAUGAAUUCAAAAAAGCAAAUAAACAUUGUGAAAAAACAUGGAACAGAACGAUGGCAAGUUUGAUGCAUAAUUAUUUUAGUAGUCCUUGGGUAGGAGCUUCAACUGUGGCGGCCAUUAUAUUCCUCAUACUCACAGCUAUACAAACUAUUCUAGCUUUCACAGGUUCCGUUAUGUAAGUAGUAAUUAUUUCAAUUCUAGUGUUGAUGAGCUUACGAGUUUUUCAUGUCCCCCUUGUGUAAUGGGUUUUAUAGUUGAAUGCUAAUUUAAUUAGUUUAUUUCAAGUAUCUAUACAUGUCACCUCCCACAAAGCCAGCACAUUAAAAUCUCAAAACAAAUCCCCUGCCCCUUUUAUUUGCAUUCAUAACAUCAGCCAAAAACACCCCAUAUAAACAAUAAUACUAUCCUCAACACAUCUAUUUUAGUGAAACAGGGCAUAUUGUCAAUUUUUGGAUCAGAUUCUCAGA